AUGGCCGUCAAACAAUAUACCGCCGCUGUUACUGCCGCGGCUGAGGCUCACAUAGUCUCUUAUGUUGCCGAUUUCACCUCGCCUAUCUUCAAAAGCUCCAUCGAGCGCGCUACAAAAAUGGCCACUUACUACCUUCCUACCAUCUCUUUCUUUGCAAAUGGUGCCAUUACUCAAAUAUCCGACCCAUCACUUUACGUGUCCCUUAUUUCCGGGCCUCUUGAUAAGUUGGACGGUUUUUCGCCGAAAGUGACUGGACACAAAGUCGAGGCCGUGGGUGAGAACUCUGCAAUUAUAUGGCUGUUCUUCAGUAUCGACGGGAAUGAGAUGUCGAAUGUCUACUUCUUUAGGAUGAUGGAUGAUGGAACUGAAGGGUUUGAAGGUGGUAUUUUUGAUGGAGAAAUGUGGAUGUUGAAGCAGCUGGGAAAGGUGUAA